AUGGUAUCAAGUUUACUUGCUCGUUGCAUCAUUGUCACAAUUGGCACACUUUAUCCUGGAUAUCGAUCAUACAAGUCAUUAAUUAAUUCAGAUUUACGUGAAGUGGUUAAUUGCCUUCGCUAUUGGAUUGUAUUUUCAAUAUUUAUAGCAUGUGAAACAGUUACUGAUAUUGUUCUUUCAUGGUUUCCAUUUUAUUAUUGGAUUAAAAUAGCUAUUGUAUUUUGGAUAGUUUCGCCUGCUGGUUCAACAUUUUUAUACAAACGUUUUAUUCAACCGCUUCUUAAAGAACGAGAACAAGAUAUUGAUCAAUUAAUCGAACAAACACGACAGAAAGGUUAUACGGCAUUGUUUGAUUUAACUAAUAAAGGUUUUCGAUAUGCAUCGAAUGUAUUCUUAAAUACGGCUGUUUUGGGUCAAUCAUAUCUCGGUGAACAUUUGAAACGAUCAUUAAGCACAAGUGAUAUUAGUAAACGAACAACAAAACCUUCUUCCAAUCCACCAGCUACAUUAGUCGAAGAAAGUGAAGAAGAAACCGAUCCGGAAUUUAUAAGUCGUGUAAAAGAAGACCGAAAAUAUUUAGCUAAAACAACGAACCGGAGACCGCUUUCACAUUAUCAAGAAAAGCCUGAAGACUCAUCCGACAAUCCAUUGGAUGAAUAUGAAAUGUCGAAAGUCAUGGCUCGAAAAGGACGUUCAGCAAGUAAAAAAUCUGCUAAUGAAAACAAUCAUACAGGAUUGACUUCGAAGCGAGCAAUGAAACAAGCAAAUACAAAAAAAUCUACCGCUAAAUCAGCAAUAUCAAUUGAGCAUGAUGCAGAUAGUUCCGAUGAAACAGAUGACGAAAUUGGAAAUAUUCGUAAAAGAACUUAG